AUGCAAGCUUUCCGGGAUGUGCUAGACGAUUGUGGUUUUGUGGAUCUUGGCUUCACUGGACCUGAGUUUACUUGGCAUAGUAGAAGAUAUGGUCACCUAAUAUGGGAACGGUUAGACAGGGGAGUAGCCAACUAUGAUUGGUUAGCAAAAUUCCCGGCUGCUUCAGUUCUCCAUCUCCAUUGUUUCUCAUCAGAUCAUCACCCCAUAAAGCUGGUUUUUGAUCCCAAUAGCGAAUCACAACGUUGGUUUCGGCAGCCUUUCCGUUUUGAAGAGAUGUGGUUGGCUGAUAGGGGAUGCAGUGACAUUGUCCUAAGAGCAUAG